AGCCAGAUAUUAUUAUACAUUCAGAUUCAAAAAUCAAAAUAAAAUAAAUCCCUCCAAGAAAAAGAGAAGAAAAAAAAAAAAAAAAAAAAAACCUCUUAUUUCAUCACUCAGGGCAACAUGGACAGUGAUCACGAAAUCAAGGAAGCUCUAAUUAAAAACUCCGACGCAACCAGAUCCAACGGCGAGAAUUCUCCGAUCGAACAAGUAGCCUUAACAGUUCCGGUGACCGACGAUCCAUCGCUUCCGGUGUUUACUUUCAGAACAUGGACAUUAGGAACACUCGCCUGCGUUCUUCUCUCCUUCCUGAACCAAUUCUUCGGGUUCCGUCGCGAGCCGCUCUCCGUAACAGCAAUCUCAGCACAGAUAGCGGUGGUUCCAUUGGGGCAUCUAAUGGCAUCAACUAUAACGAAGAGAGUUUUCAUGAAAGGGAAGAAAUGGGAGUUUACGUUGAAUCCAGGGAAGUUUAACGUGAAAGAGCACGUGCUAAUUACGAUAUUUGCGAGUUCUGGUGCUGCUAGUGUUUACGCUAUUCAUUUUGUGAGUACUGUGAAAGUGUUUUAUAGGAAGGAGAUAACGGUGUUGGUGGCGUUGUUGGUUGUUUUAACAACGCAGGUUUUGGGGUUUGGUUGGGCUGGUGUUUUUCGGAGGUAUCUUGUGGAGCCAGCUGGUAUGUGGUGGCCCCAAAAUCUUGUCCAAGUUUCGCUUUUCAGGGCGCUGCACGAGAAAGAGGAGAGACAGAAAGGAGGCUUAACACGAAAUCAGUUCUUCCUUAUAACAUUUAUUUGCAGUUUUGCAUAUUAUGUAUUGCCAGGUUACUUAUUUCCAAUGUUAACAUCACUCUCUUGGAUAUGUUGGGUGUUUCCCAAUUCAAUUAUAGCACAACAAUUAGGUUCAGGAUUGCAUGGUCUUGGAGUUGGAGCAAUUGGAUUUGAUUGGUCCAGUAUAUGUUCUUAUCUUGGUAGCCCUCUGGCUAGUCCAUGGUUUGCUACUGCUAACAUUGCUGCUGGUUUUGGCAUUUUCAUGUAUGUCGUUGUUCCUAUUGCUUAUGGCCUUAAUCUUUACCACGGAAGAAGUUUUCCCAUAUUUUCAGAUGGUUUAUUCAACACCAAUGGUCAAGAAUAUAACAUAUCAGCUAUUAUUGACUCUAACUUUCACCUUGACUUGGAUGCUUAUCAACGUGAGGGCCCGCUUUAUCUUAGCACCAUGUUUGCUAUGUCAUAUGGCAUUGAUUUUGCUUGCCUUUCUGCAAUUCUUGUUCAUGUAUUACUUUUCCACGGAAGUGAUAUAUUGCAGCUAAGUAAGUCUGCUUUUCAAGGGAAGGAGAUAGAUAUACACACGAAGAUAAUGAGAAAACAUUAUAAACAAGUUCCCGAAUGGUGGUUUUUUUGCAUUCUUUUGUUCAGCAUUACGGCAAGUACAUUUGUAUGUGAGUAUUACAAUGAUCAACUCCAGUUGCCCUGGUGGGGUGUCAUGUUAGCCUGUAUUCUUGCAUUAUCGUUUACUCUUCCUGUCGGAGUAAUCAGAGCCACAACAAAUCAGGCUCCGGCUUUGAAUGUGAUAACAGAGUACAUAAUUGGAUACAUCUACCCUGGUUAUCCUGUUGCAGUCAUGUUAUUUAAAGUGAUUGGGAACGUGAGUAUGAAACAGGCCAUUUUCUUUUUGCAAGAUUUUAAGCUUGGCCAUUACAUGAAGAUUCCUCCCAGAGCAAUGUUCUUGGCACAGGUACUUGGCACAAUAAUAGCUGCAAUUGUGCAUCUAUUAACAGCAUGGUGGCUAAUAGAAACAGUUCCAAAUAUAUGCCAUAGAGAGUUACUUCCUGCAGGAAGUCCAUGGACUUGCCCAGGUGAUCAUGUAUUCUAUGAUUCAUCUGUAGUAUGGGGUUUAAUAGGCCCUCGCAGAAUUUUUGGAAAUCUAGGACACUACUCAGCCAUCAACUGGUUUUUCUUGGUUGGGGCUGUUGCUCCUUUCAUUGUUUGGCUAGCACACAAAGCCUUACCUGAUAAACAAUGGAUUAAGCUUAUUACUAUGCCUGUGAUCUUGGGAGCCUUAACCGAAAUGCCUCCAGCUACACCAGUUAAUUACACUAGUUGGGUUCUUGUUGGAUUUGCAUCAGGAUUUGUUGCUUACCGUUACUAUCGUGGUUGGUGGACUCGUCACAACUAUGUCUUAUCUGGUGCACUUGAUGCUGGAUUAGCCUUCAUGGGAGUUUUGAUUUACUUGUGUUUGGGGAUGCAACAUAUUAGCCUUGAUUGGUGGGGUAGUGACCCAGAUAGAUGCCCUUUAGCUUCAUGUCCAACUGCUCCAGGUGUAAUAUCUGCAGGGUGUCCACUUUUUUGAGUUUGCAUAUAUGUAUGAAGAAAUGUAGCUAUAUCUGAGAUACAUAUAAAUUUCUUCUUACCUAUUCAUUCUUCAUUGUGUACAGGAUUUGUAUAUAUUUUUGUAAAAUACUUAAUUCGAUUAUGAAAAUUGUUGUGAAGUUUGCACUCACCGAAUGAAA